AUGAGUGAAUUACAAACAGAAAAUGGUCAUGAAACUGAUGCCAAUCGACAUGAAGAUAUAGAUUCGAAAAUUGCUGAUUUUAUGGCAGAUAUUGAUGAGAUUGUUCUUGGUAAAAAAUCGGCGACGGAUGAUAACCACAGUGAGGAGCAAUCUGAAUGGAAAGAAUGCUUUGAUGAAACAUCUAAAUCAAUGUAUUAUUGGAAUACAGUAACAAAUGAAUGCUCAUGGGAGCCUCCUUUGAACACGUCACAAAACUAUCUUACUGAAAAACCUGAAAAUACAACAAAUAUCGAUGGAAUCAAUAAAAAAAAACGUCAACAACAAUCAACCAUGGAAAACAAAUCGCCAAAGAAGCUGAAAAAACCAAGUCUCCUUGCUGAAUAUGAUUCAUCUGAAAGUGAAGCUAGUGAAGAAGAGGAAGAAGAAGAAAACGAUGAUGAUAUUGAUGAACUUUUAAAUCAAGUGCUUGAUAAAGAAGAAAAUAAAGAUAAAAAACAGAAACAAAUUGAUUUAUAUCCAUUAUUCGAAACCGACUCGAGAGCUGCAAUCGCACGUCUUAAUGAUCUGAGCGAUACAAGACCGGAAAUUACCACAUUAAGACUUCAAAUAGAAACACGUCUAGAAGACUGUCUCUCUGGACAUCUAUCGAAAUCGUACGCUGUCAGUAAAUUAGAACAAGCACUAAUACAAAUCGAAGAAUUUGAAAAAUUACUUCAAACUUCCACGCCGUUGCCAACUGUCACAGAACCACUGCAAGCACCAUUGACAUCGAGUGAUAUGGCUCUUCUACUUUCGCUUCCUCCUCCACCACCUCCACCUAGUCCACCACCGCUAUCAUCUAAUGAAGAUGAUAAAACGCUUCAACUUUUUUAUGCUCAACUUAAUUGUGAUCAACAUGAAUCUAUUCCCGAUACAGAAACAACAACCAGCAUUAUGAAAUCUGAGCAGCAAUAUCAUAACAGUCAUCACCACCUCCAUCAUCAUCAUCAUCCUCAUCCUUAUAAAGAUAAAAAAAAUAAACCAGCUAAAACGUUACCGACAGAUCUUAUACAAAAAUGGACACAUGCACGUCAAGAAUUGCGCGGUGCUGCUGAUAUCGAUGAUUCUUAA